GAAGAGACACUUUAGAAACAGUAGGAAUGAGCAGAAAUGUUGAGAUGACGGCGUACAUCUUCAUCAUCACAUUUUGCAUGAUUGCCAAGGUCUACUCAAGCUUCGAUUUUAAGGUCUAUCAGCCACAGAGUGUAGCUGUAAAUCCGGACGGGUCAGCCAUUAUCACCUGUGAACAUGAUGCGAAUGUCAGCUCAAUUCAGGAUGUGCAACUCUUCGCCAUACCACCUUCAGACAAAUCGAAAAAGAUCCCAGUGUGCCAAAAAGGACAAAAAGACUGUAAGAACAUCAUUAUGCAUCUAGAGAAUUCCAACAAGUGCUUCUUCAUCAUGUUAAAUGUCGGAGCCGAAGCCAUGAACAUGGAGUACGAAUGUAAAUUCGUAGUGAUUCACGGAGACAUCGAUUUCACCAGGAAAGGAAACCGAACAAGACUUCGACCAUGUACUGAGACGGUCUCCCAUUAUGAGCAUACACUGCCACAGUCUCCAACCUGUCCUCAGUCUAAUCUACUCAUCACCUGGAUUCUGGCUGGUCUCCUGGCUCUGACCUUCAUGUACAGCUGCGUCAUCUCCGCUGUCUGCAUCAUACAGAGGAGAAAGACAGCAGAACCGGAGCACGCCACCUAUGUAGAAAUGAGGAAAGCUCCACUGCUAAGAAAUCCAGCUACUGGCAUAUGUUAUGGGUAGCUGACUCCUUAGUCCGGCCCUGAAUGUAUACUUCUAUACAGUGGUGGAGAAUCCCAGAUCCAUAAAGUAAAAGUCCUGCCUUGUAUUUGUUCCAACCAGUCACUGAACCAGCCCAUUUUGAUGAGCACAACUCCUCAUCCAGGUAGGUGGGAUAAUCAGUGGAAUCACCUGUGUUAAGUGAACAGGUAGAACCAAUACAUGGCAGGACUUUUACUUUAUGAGCUGGGAUUCUCCACCACUGCUUCUAUAUAUGAAUAUAAGCUAAACAAAACUGUAAUAUGUAAGCUGACCAGCAGGGGGUGACAUUGACUCUGUAAAGUCAUUUUGUUUCCUCACAGACCUUUUCUUUCUGCACAUAUAUAACUUAAUGUCAGAUUAUGUUCUUUGUAAAGACAUUUUCGACUGAAUUACCGUCUUCUAUCAUGUAUUUCACUUUUUCAGUAAAAUCUAUCAUUAACUGAACAUAAACCCAGUGUGUCCAUCCCCUGUCAUUGAUCCAACUCCAUGGGUGUUACUGC